AUCGGUUAUGUCGAAGCUAGUUAAGUCAGUUGAAAUACGAAUGACUCGACGUAUCGAGAAAUUCUAAGGAAAGAAACAAAUAUCGCGAAGGUCAUUCGGAUAUAAAACGGUGUCAAUCUAAAUUUACGCGCUACUUCGACGAUCAUGCGUACGCUUGUUCGAGAUCCACUUUUUUCUUUUCUUUCUAUUUAAACUUGAAUCGUUCUUUAACUCUGUUACACAAAUGCAGAAACAUUAAUUGCGACGGUUGCAAGGAUAAUUUCUCGAAAUGACAAAGAUAAUGUUAAUGGAGUAACGCGACGUCUCGCAUUGUCAGGGCAACGAAUUAAGUUUUCCCCGUGAUAGGAGAGCCUUACACGGCAUUGCUCUUCAGAGAAUGAAGAUAUCGAUCGACGUGAAAGUCGAUGGGGGAACAAUGUAACUCGUUCUCGAGUUAACGAGUCAAGUUUUUCUUUAAACAUUUAAAGAAUCUCUCCUAGCGAUAAUGCGAGACAAUGAAUGCUCAACACCUGCUGCUUGAUUAUAUUCAACGGUGAAUACAAACGUACAUAUAUGUAGGUAUAUACCGAUCAACGAAAUUAUCUAUUAGAAAUCUUGACAGCUUCAACGCGAGCAGAGCGAUCGUUUUGUUAGUAGGAAACGAGCAGCGCGCAACAAAUACGUACAAACGAUUCCAAGACGGAGAUAGACGUAUCUAUAUUUCGAAAUAAGGAAACUAAACGAGAGCCUCGAAUGUAAAUUCAAAUAGUGAGAGAAAGAGGAGGGCGUAAAUAAUAGUGGUAGGGAGAGAUUCGACGAAUCUCGUAGAGACCUCAAUGGUUAUGCACUCGUUAGUCGAGCGAGAACCGUCGCCGGAAUGACCUCGCUUAUCUAAACUCGCGUUCAAACCUUACUUCUUCCACUCUUACCUCCUUGUCUUUUUUACUUUUUAUCUUUUCUUUUUCUUCUCUUUUCCCCUCCUCCAAGCUCCACCCAGAGAUUCCAACGUUCAUGAGGACGGAUUUACUAGCCUUCUCGUAACGAUCCGUGUGCGCGGUCCGUACGCGAAAAUCUAAUAAUACGCGUGCGUGUCCCAUAUAGAUUCCGUAUUAUUGACGUGUACACACGUACAUACGUGUCUGCGUUUAACGAGUCAAUUGUGUGUACAGGAAAAAGGUAAAAUAAUUCGUAUAUCGAAACAAAGCCGAAGACGAUUGAAUCGAAGAGCGGGCUCUGGUAGAAGAUUGCUAAGUGAUUUAACGGAGACAAAAGCGUCGUCCUCUUUUUCGUUAAUUUUACUUAACAUUGAACGUCGUGCAAGACCAUCCACAGAUUUCCUCGCGUAUCUUGCUUUUCUGCUACUAUUUCAAGGAAAUAAAAUACGCUUGUUUAUUCUUUUCGCGAGAACGGGAGUCAAAACGAUAAGGACCAAAACGAAGACGAAAAGUGAAAUCGUGGCGUACGUCGCUUGGAAAUAUACAUCGAAGAGAGAAACGUUGUUGGCGCCUUGUCUAAUCGCCUGGCACGAUGGCUUGCAAAGUUACUAAGCCCGAACGAUGGCCGAUCCACGCGGCUUCAAACCAAUAAAUCAGUUGUGGCAGAGCGUGGCAGUAUCAACGGAUCCGGAUUCGGAAUACUUGUACGAGGAGAUCUCGGGCCUUUCGGGGUCCCAGGAUACCGAGGCAGGGCCGGCGGGGGCCGCCGUCGUUGGGGAGGAGGAAGAGGGAGAGGAGGAAGAAGAAGAGGGAGGAGAGGGAGAAGGAGAGGAGGAGGAGGAGGAAGAGGAGGAAGAGGAGGAGGACGAGGACGACGAGGAGGAAGAGAGAGGACUUGGACGACGAGAAGAAAUUAAUAGCAGCAGGAGUAACAGAGAUUGGUGGAGAUAUCACGAUACCGAGAGUAUCGGCACCACCAUCAUCGCGACUAGCAAGAAAACAGGCGACUCGAGGUCGCGAAGCAGAUCGGCCGACAGGCCAUCAUCGAGCGAGAGGAAAAAUAUCGGUAGCAGGGUGGAGGAGGAGCAAUAUGCCGCGCGCAGGAGUUACAUGGAGUCCGGUACAGGAGCCGUACUGCCACCUCCUGCGACCGCUCUCAAGCUGACCAGGGGGCGAACAAGCAGCAGCACCGUUGCUCGGUACCUGCACUCGGCCAGUACCAAUACCGGCCAACAUUAUCACCAUCAUCAUCACGGCUUACACAGUCAACAUCCGGCCGGAGGUGCGACCAGGCCGAGCGUCAGGCAUCAUCAUCAACAUCGCUCAAGCCGCGGAUUCUUCAGUAAUGAGACGCAGGAAGAGAUACAGGAGGACGAUGAAGCUACUCUACGGGAGUUGCUUGUAAGUCUGCAGAAACAGGUCAGCGUUAUGAGUAUGAACUUGAGUGCCAAGUUGGACGAGCUGCAGCGGGGUGACCGCCAGCUGGAGACUACUGUCGCCCUGUGUGAGAUACGCACGCAGCUACAGGAGCUCACCAAAAGUGUUGAGUCUUGCCAGAGUGAAGUCAGCGAGGUGAAGAGGGAUAUGGUUGCAAUUAAGCACGAGCUAGACACUGUGCAGCAAGUAAAAGAAGAGAUAGAGGAGUUACGAGAAUAUGUAGAUCGUCUGGAAGAACAUUCACACCGGCGAAAACUCAGACUAUUGGAACAGGGCUUGACAUUUUUCUUAUCGUAUGCAAUAUUGGCGGCUGUUUUGGGCAUGUUGCAAUUUGGAUAUAACACAGGAGUCAUUAACGCUCCCGAAGUGAAUAUAGAGAAUUUUAUGAAAGAUGUAUACAAAAAUAGAUACGGAGAGGAUAUUACUGACGACUCUGUUAAGAAACUGUAUUCUAUAGCGGUGAGCAUAUUUGCGAUUGGUGGUAUGUUAGGUGGUUUUAGCGGAGGAAUAAUUGCCAACAGAUUUGGCAGAAAGGGGGGCUUACUGCUAAACAACGUGCUGGGCAUCGUGGGGGCAUGCCUGAUGGGUUGUACAAAGAUUGCUCACUCUUACGAAAUGUUGUUCUUUGGACGGUUCAUCAUCGGUGUCAAUUGUGGCUUAAAUACCUCAUUGGUUCCCAUGUACAUAUCGGAAAUAGCACCACUGAACCUAAGAGGUGGCCUAGGCACGGUGAACCAGCUCGCUGUUACGGUGGGCCUCCUGGUCUCCCAGGUGCUGGGCAUCGAGCAAAUCCUUGGGACAAACGAGGGUUGGCCUGUUCUCUUAGGAUUAGCUAUCUGUCCUGCCAUUCUACAAUUAUUAUUGCUUCCAAUAUGUCCCGAAUCUCCAAGAUACUUACUUAUUACUAAACAAUGGGAGGAAGAGGCACGGAAAGCUUUAAGAAGAUUAAGAGCUAGCAAUCAGGUAGAGGAAGAUAUCGAAGAGAUGAGAGCAGAGGAAAGAGCUCAACAAGCUGAAUCUACGAUCUCUAUGACAGAGCUUAUAUGUAGUCCAACAUUAAGAGCACCUCUUGUAAUUGGUGUGGUCAUGCAACUUUCACAACAGCUGUCUGGUAUUAAUGCCGUAUUUUACUAUUCUACGAGUUUGUUCACCAGUUCAGGUUUAACAGAGGAAAGUGCUAAAUUUGCAACCAUAGGCAUAGGUGCCAUUAUGGUUGGUAUGACGCUAGUUUCGAUCCCACUUAUGGAUAGGACAGGAAGACGUACCUUACAUUUGUACGGUCUUGGUGGCAUGUUUAUCUUUUCAAUAUUCAUCACAAUUUCGUUUCUAAUAAAGGAGUUUUUUGGUUACGUACAGGAAAUGAUUGACUGGAUGUCCUAUCUAUCGGUCGUAUCGACGCUUAGUUUCGUGGUAUUCUUUGCUGUGGGGCCUGGAUCUAUUCCUUGGAUGAUUACAGCAGAGUUGUUUUCGCAAGGCCCUAGACCUGCUGCUAUGUCCAUUGCAGUUCUUGUCAAUUGGAUGGCUAAUUUUUUGGUUGGCAUUGGUUUUCCAAGCAUGAAGUCUAGCCUUGAAAACUACACGUUCCUACCGUUCAGUGCAUUCCUAGCCAUCUUCUGGAUCUUCACUUACAAGAAGGUUCCUGAGACCAAAAAUAAAACCUUUGAAGAAAUUCUAGCUUUAUUCAGACAUGGUAACGACAGAAGCAGCUUGCGAGACAGCAGACUUUACGGGAGCAUGCUAAACUGUGUGAAUGCAUUAGAGGGACACAUACCGCCAGCAGAGAGUGCAGCCCUGAUGGUGGCAGAAGAGAAGCCACAUCCAGAUUCAUUUGUGUUUGCAGCUGGAUCCGAGCGAUCUUCCGUCGCUCCCGCUCAACCGGAGAGGCCACCGCCCCCGCUUCCCCCGCCACGCUUUCCGAACAGCGGUGUCUGACAAUGGGAAACAACUCCUCUUAAUAUUGGUAAUCUGAUGAUCAUGAACACUCCUAUUCCACUACCAUUGCUACUCACCACGAACAGUCUCAAUCUGGAGAAUCAGCUCUACGAGAUUAUCACGGAGAGUAGCAAAGCUUGUGCGGAUUUUUUGAGAAACAGUUUACGUCGUGCUACGAAUGCGACGAAUUUCGGAUGGAGCUACGUUGAGAACCUGGAACGUGCCAGGACCUACGAAGAAUCCUGAAGAGAGAGAGAGAGAGAGAGAGAGAGAGAGAGAGAGAGAGAGAGAGAGAGAAAGAGAGAGAGAGAGAGAGAAAGUGUGUGUGUGUGUGUUGUGUGAGAAAGAGAGAGAAAGAUAAUUAUAUCGACGAUGAACGAACGCGAAUAGAUCUAGAGAAUUCUCUAAGAAAAGAUACAACGGAUGAAUGAACGUCAAAAAAAAAAGAAAGAAAGAAAAGAAAACGAUUUCUGUUUCGUUAAAAAGAACCGUGAAAAAAGUCAUUUGUGCCUAAAAAGCGACAUGUUUAACAAGAGGAGGAGGAGGAGGAGGAAAAGGAGAAAUAUUCGAAAAAACCGCGAAAGAGUAAUACAUUAUAGUGUGAGGUAUCGAGAGGCACUUUAAAUUUUGAAAAGAGCGUAGAAGAAACUCCUCUCCCCUACCUUCGCCUACUUCUCCACUUGUCUUUCUCCACAUUUCUCAUAUGUUAUCGUCCUUUUCUUCGAUCGUUUAGCAUUUAAAUAAACGCAUAAUACCUUAUCUAUUUUGCAUGGCUGAUUUCAAAGUAAUUGCUGCAAAAUGAGGCUUUUUUCCAUUAUUAUUAUUUUCAUCGAUUUCGAGAAAGAAGAAAUAUCGUUCGAAAGAUUCACGAUUGUUCCUAAUAUAUUCACGAAAAAUAUUGAUUCUUAUCUAACGAUCGCAAAACAGCGAUCAAUCGUGCAACGAAAGAAACUUUUAUGAACUAAAGUACGACCAUUUCUUCUUAUCGAAAUGAAAUUUUCAAAAUUAGACGCGUGCUGCAUUUCUGUGAUCCUUUUGAAAAUUAGUUUUAUUCGCAUAUGAGAGAUGGCGUGACCGGUGCUAAAAACGCAGGUCGCGUUAACCGAUUAGCAUUAAUAAUUGAUUAACAUUAAUGACUGUUAACUAAUUAACGUUGAUGUUUUACGAUUAGAUCGAAUCAAUUUUGCCCAAAAUAUAUUUCAAUGUUAAAAAUAUGAUGAAAUGUAUUGUUUUUUUAUUAAAGAAUAUCAGAAAUUAUAUAUAAAAGCUUUGUAUUCGAAAACAUAAUAUGAAGAUUCAGAAAAUGUAAGUUAGAGCAUAAAAGCGGCGCGCGUCUUGCGCAAGAUUAAUAAAAAGAAGAAAUGGUUCCCGCUUAUAGACAAUUUGUUUUGAACAUUUCUUAGAAGUCGAUACUACUUCGAAGAAAUAUAAAGAUCCAUUUGAUCGCGAUAGCAAACAAAGGCAUGCCUUUUUUUAUUUAAACUCGAACAUUCUAAUCUAAUCGAAACUUAUGACCGUUUGAUUUCAAGCAGUUUUGUGUAAAAAAAAAAAGAAAAAAAGAAAAAAGUGAAAAGAAAAGAAAAGAAAAUCUUUCAGAAUUUACAUGUACAUAAUAUGUAUAUACUUGUAUACUUUAACUAUAUUUAUCGUAUAUCUUUAAUCAGAGAAGUAAAUGUAUAAUAAUUUCGUCUUUCGCAACGAUAACACACCCGUUUUCUCCGUUAAAUUAUCAUAUACGAAGUUUGUCAAAAGGAGAAACAACAUCGUUAAUAUAUUUAAACGGUGCUGCACAGAAUCGACACAACUUUUACUUGAAAUGCCUUGAUUAAAAUCAUUUGCCAUUAUCGUUAAAGAAUUGAUUAACGAUCAUUAUUUAAAAAAAAAAACAUUCGCACAUAAUAAUUAUGAAGAAAAGAUUCUAACAUUUCAAUAUCCGAAACUACUACACUUUUCCUCGUAACAGAGAGAGAGAGAGAGAGAGAGAAGGAGAACAAAGAAACAUUUACGAAUUCAUUCUUCUUUUGUUCUUUGAAAACUGCUUGAAUGCUUAAUACAUACAUACGUACAUAUAUGUACAUAAGUCGGAAGAAAGGAGCAGGACGUUUAGAUUCUUUUGACUACUUCACUUCUCAUCUUUAUGAAACAAAUCUUUCCUAUAGUAAUCGAAGUAAGAGAAUGAACGUGUUCAUACGUUGAAUGAACUCUGAAAUGUAACGGCAUAAAUGCAAUAUGAUAUUUUAGAAUAGCACUCAAGAAAAACUUGAUAAACAAUGAAACUUCGGACAGUACACUGCACGGUAUAAUUUCAAAAAGAUAAAGAUAAAGAUAAAGAAAAAGAGAAGAUAACGAAAAAAAAGAUAAAAAAGAAAAUAAAGAAAAAUCCUAAGCUGUCCACUACAUACAGAAAUCUAUAAAAAAGGCAAUAAAAAAUCAACUGAACCGAAGAUAAACGCUAAAGUAGAUUUCCUUGCAUUUACGCGCGAUGGUAUUAUUAAAUUCAAGAUUACUGGUAUUAUCAAAUUUAACAAUAUUUAAGCUAGGUACAUAUACACGUAUAAAGGUUAUUAGUAACUAAAUAGUUAGUAGUGUUACGUAUCAAGUUAAUGAAAUAAACGAUCGAAGAACAACCUCAAGGAGUCGUAAGAGAAACGUGUGUCGGACGGACGAAAUUGUACGUCUUUUUACUCACGUCUAAUGGCUGUACAAUAAUUACGGACCGCGAGUAUUGCUAGCAUAUCCAUUUUUUAAAUCGUUACAAGCUUAUCAAAAAAUAAUACAUACACAAACACACAGAGAGAGAGAGAGAGAGAGAGAGAGAGAGAGAGAGGGAGAGAGAGAGAGAGAGAGAAGCACAGAGAGAUACACACACGAUGAUGACGACCCUAUAAAAGACAUGUAUUAUAGUUGCAAUUGCUUUGGCUCAAACUAGAUAUGCGUCUUCGAUCGUAAAGCCAACAAGUCGACCCUUCAGUUUUUAAAAAAUUUUGUUUUCUCCUGAUGAUUUUUAUGAUCCGUAAAUACAUCAUCCAAAGAUAUAUUAUUAGAGCAUUCCUUAUCUAUGUUAUACAAUGGAAAUUAUCAAAAAAAUAUACUUUUGAAUUUGUCGCGACAAGACAUACAUAUAUGUUUAGAUCUCUCUUUGAAUCUUUCUACUUACUGAGAAAAGGCAUGCCGCGUUGUGUUCACAAUAUUCAAGAAUGAAACAAAAAAAAUUGAUAAAAAUAUCGUUAAGUGUUCGUUGACGUAAACAUUUCACUUUGGUUUAAGGUUGCACUGAAAUUAUAAAGAAAAUCUUAUUAAAAUUGCACUUAUACAAAUAAUAAAGUACAGUAUACACAAAUCACACGCGCGCGCGCACGCGCACACACACACAUGCACACGAAGAAAAAAGAAAAAAGAAGAAAAAGAAAUAUUGCUUUAAACUACGAACGUCUGACGCACUUAAUCUCGCAUAAUUAAAAAGUUGGACGAUUGGGAAGUGAUACAUACGUGGUGACGAUUAAAUUUAUUCAUAUUCGUUUCUAGCGAAUGAAUUAAUAUAUUAUGCACUUAUUACGAAUUCGAUAACACAAUAGGCGAGGUAGAACGAUCGCAUAAAUAGUUUCGAGUCAAUGAUGCGUAUUGUGCUCAUUGAAUAUUGCAACGUACAUAGAGCCUUACAAAGAAAAACUUGCAAGAGUCCAGCAAAGUGAGCGAUCACAAUAAAGAUUUGUAAAAUAGAUCACUGCCACUUUAACGACUUGCACUCUUAACAGAGUGCCAAUAUUCCAAAUGUGAACGUGUACAAUUGUGUGAAAAGUACUUAUAUUUACAUAUGAUACUAAUUAGUAUUAUAUAAAAUUACCUAGCGUAUGAUAUUAAGAGUGGUAUACAUACAUAGGAUAUGCAAAAGGAAAUCACUGAAUGCAGAGCUAUUAUAUUCCAAAACAAAAACAUUUAUGCCUGCUCAUUUGUAUAUUAUACUUAAAAGUUAGUACAGCCAUAAGUGUUUAUCCGCUAAAAAUGCCAAGUUCCAAUUUCGAUCUGUCAAUAGUAUCUUUAUCUUCUUUUGAUAAAGUUCUUUUCAUCUAAAAGAACGAUAAUUCAUUUUGCUCUUUCAUAUGGCUUCGAUUAAAUCUGAAUAAUGAUCGGAUAUCAAUCAGACAUUUUAAAAUUGCAAAUUAAAUGCAUUCUAUUUAGCAAUGUUAUUUUUACAGUUUCAAAUUCCAUAUUUGUUAAGUAUUGUAUAAUUAAGUUCUUUUUAUAAAUACCCUUAUAUUCUC